AUGCUACAAACCAAGGUAGGUUACCGAUCUAACCAAAGUGCACAAGAACGUGAUGACCGAAAUGAACGUGAAAUAAUUCGGAUAUCAUUAACGCAUGAAGCGCGAGCUCGACAUUCAACUAAUAAUCGUGCAAGUUUAAAUCGAGUUGCUUUCAGUUACGAUGUGUCAAUUGACUACACCAAUGGAUUGUGUUGCGCAAAUGGUAAAGUGAAAUUGAUACCAUUGGAUCCACCACCAGAGCAAUUGUACUCAUUGGUUUCCGGAAUAGGAACAGAUUCCAUACACUUUUUGACAAAUAUCCAACAAUAUAACAAUUGUUUUCAAAUGACUUCAUUUGGGGCAACAAAUGUAGUUCCGGAAAAUUAUCUGAUGCUAUCUGAUAAUUACAAAAUUGUAAUCAGAGCUGAUAAAACACCCGCGGGUCAACAUGCAAGACGUUUUAAUGCACCAACUAUUGACGAAGUUGCUAUCUUUGUAGUUGGGGAAAACUUUGAAUCCCGUGAUAUUGUUUUAAAUUUUCGGAAUGAUCGAUUACAAAGUUCUGAAACCUACAAAAAAGUCAGUUCAAUGAACUAUUAUUCAUACCGCCUAAUGAUUCGAGAAAAUGAAGACAAUCACAUAUUGAAAUGUCGGCGAUUAUAUCACAAAUAUGUUGUUGACAUGUAUGUUAAAAUUGAAACGGAGAGAUUAACAUUCAUCAGGUUUAAUCAGACCAAACUCCGAUCUGAAGAGUAUAUUCACCUUCGAGAAGCGAUUAAUACUGAUUGUUUACGCCACCAGUACUCCUUAUACUAA